AUGACUUCAACCGAUAUCCCUCUAAGCAUCCAAACUCCUUCAAAGAAUCCAUUUUUGACAGCCGACUCAAACAAAAUGGCUUCAUCCGAUACUUCCUACACCCAAACUUCCUCCCAGAGUCCCGCUUUCAAAGUUGACUUUACAUGGAAGAAAUGGAAGGCCAUAGUCUCCGAUGCCAACAAUCCCGGAUCAGACCCCUUAUACACUAUCCAUUUCCCAUUCAGUUGCGGAACCACCAUGAUUUUCAAAAAAGCCCCCAACGAAGAAGUCAUCGGGACUGGCAAGCUGAACUUGGUCUCCAUCAACGCCGAGUACGAACUACGUGGACAAAAGUCCCACCUGCUAGCCCAGAAACGCUUUCGGGUUGUCUACACCCACCGCUCACACAAUUUCUCAGACACCAAAUCCCCAGUCACAAUGACAUGGACUAGUGAUGCAGGGUUCACGAACUGGGACUUUAUCUGUGUUGAUGAGCAACAGAUUCCCGUGGCAAAAUUCACGGCCAAUUGCUGGGGUGUCACCAAAAUUGGCAAAAUCGAGUUCAGUGGCCCCAAGGCAAAUGACAGAGCUGCGCAAGAGGAGAUCAUGGUUACAGGGAUCACCUUGUUUUAUUGCAUGCUCCUUCGCUGUAACAACGUUUUCAAUCUCUUUGGGGCUAUUUUUGCUCGACCGCAAAAAAAGCAUCUUGAGUGA